AUGGAGGUCGGCAUUAUUGGCUCCGGAAUCAUUGGGCUGUUGUCAGCUUUGACCCUCACCGAUGCUGGAUACAGAGUGAGCAUCGUUGCAAGAGACCUGCCGGGAGAUGAAUCUCAGGACUGGGCAAGUCCCUGGGCCGGGGUCUCAAUCUACCCACAUCCAGACGUCGGUGGUCAUGAUCUUCAGACGGAGAACUUCAAAUAUUUCUGGGCUCUUGCCCACCGAGACCCAACUAGUGGUGUCCAGGUUGUUAAAGCAACCGAGUACUACGACGACCGAGAUGACGAUUCAUCCAUCUGGUACAAAACAAUGGUUCCCCGUUAUCGCCGGAUCGCGAAAGAAAAACUCCCCGACGGUGCAAAAAUUGGGUUCACAUACACAUCUAUGACAAUCAACCCACACUUCCUCCUGCCUUGGAUUCAGAAACAACUGGAAGCUCGUGGGGUCAGGUUCAUCCGAAGGACGCUGGAUUCUAUCGAUGAAGCCCGGAACAUUCUGAAUUCAAAGCUCAUUGUAAACGCAUCUGGCCUCGGCGCCUUGACUCUUGCAGAUGACAAGAACGUGGAGGCUGUUCGUGGGCAGACGAUGUUUAUCACAACUGACUUUGAGGAGUUGAAAAUGCAUCAGGGCUCGCAUUACACCUAUGUGAUCCCGCGAAUGUUCACAAAUGGCGCGAUCAUCGGUGGUGUGAGCCAGCCAGGUAGCCUCGACCGCAAGGUUGACCCGCCGACGCGAUCUGAUAUCAUUCGACGUGUGCAAGCUCUAACAAACGGUGAAAUCGGGCAAAUCGAUCCGAAGGACAUACAGAAAGACAUUGUUGCGUUCCGACCUGGCAGAAAAGGAGGGUAUCGAUUAGAACCUGAAGGCCAGACCGUCCACGCCUAUGGAUUUGCUGGUUUGGGAUAUAUCUUCAGCUAUGGGGUGGCUAUGAAGGUGCGAGAACUCAUCGACGCAGUUGUCCAAGAUAGGAAAGCCAGCAGAAGUCGGCUGUAG